UCUCCAUCUCCGUCACCUGCGGAGGCUGCCGACGCCGACGGUGUUAACCGCACUGGCGUGAAAGACGAAGAAAGUAAAUCGUCCGGAGGAAUGAGUUCCGGAAAGAAGGCAGGGAUCGCGUUUGGAGUUAUUGCGGCUGCCGGCGUCGGCGUGGUUGGAUGCAUGGUGUAUCGGAAGCGCCGGCAGAACAUUGAGCGCUCUCAGUACGGUUAUGCAGCAAGGAGAGAGUUUCUGUAGAAGAAACAAUGAACUGGAUUUUGCGCUUAUUGUUUCGAUUUGUAGUAUUCCACCUCUGUUAUUAGCUUUUGGCUCAGGUUAUACUAUUCAUCAUCGAUAUUCUAGGUUAUUUUUUAUUUUUCGUUUUUCCUUUUCAAUUUCAUUAUUCAGAUUCUUCUUGUUUGUUGGUGAUAUGAUACUAAUUUUCAUUUUGUAGAACAAAUUUUAAACUGUUUUUGAGUCUUUGAUAAUUGGCUAUUACAUUCUUGUAGAGGUUGUUAUUAAUUCAAUAUCUCUUGAAUUUCAGUUA